GAAAGAAUGAGUAUGACCUUCUGGUCAUUGGUGGAGGCUCUGGAGGCCUUGCUUGUGCAAAAGAAGCUGCUCAGUUUGGAAGAAAAGUGGCUGUUUUGGAUUAUGUGGAACCUUCCCCACAAGGAACCACAUGGGGACUUGGUGGAACUUGUGUGAACGUUGGCUGCAUUCCUAAAAAGCUUAUGCACCAAGCAGCCCUUUUGGGGAGUGCCCUUAAAGAUGCCCAACACUAUGGCUGGAAUAUAGCCCAACCUGUUCAUCAUACCUGGUCUGUGAUGGCACAAGCUGUUCAGAAUUAUGUGAAGUCCUUGAACUGGGGACACAGAGUGCAACUGCAAGACAAGAAGGUGAAAUAUUUCAACAUGAAAGGGAGUUUUUCUGACCCACAUACAGUCCGUGGUUUAACAAAAGCAGGUAAAGAGACUAUUGUUACUGCAGAAAAUAUUGUUAUUGCUACUGGAGGAAGACCAAAAUAUCCUACACAAAUUGCAGGUGCACUGGAGUAUGGAAUCACAAGUGAUGAUCUAUUCUGGUUAAAAGAAUCUCCUGGAAAAACGUAA